UUACAACUUAUACGACUAUUGGCUAUGGCAACAUAACAGCAAACAGCAAACUUGGGAAGUUGGUGACGAUGCUUUAUGCAGCCAUCGGUAUUCCUCUUCUGCUGCUGAUACUGCACAAGCUAGGCCGGCAGUCACUUCGCGCCCUCGAAAGCUUCUGGGAGCACCUUCUCAGGCAAUUCAUAUAAUA